AGUUCUAAUUCUCUACAAUGGCGGAUGCUCAUGAAACCGAUAAGAACAUUGAGAUAUGGAAGAUCAAGAAGCUUAUCAAGGCAUUGGAAGCUGCUCGAGGCAAUGGUACCAGCAUGAUUUCUCUUAUUAUGCCUCCAAAAGAUCAAAUAGCUCGGGUUACAAAGAUGUUGGGAGAUGAGUUUGGAACUGCCUCUAACAUUAAAAGCAGGGUGAAUCGUCAGUCUGUUUUAGGUGCAAUUACAUCUGCUCAGCAGAGACUGAAGCUCUACAAUAAGGUCCCCCCCAAUGGACUUGUGCUUUAUACUGGUACCAUUGUAACUGAUGAUGGGAAGGAAAAAAAGGUCACAAUUGAUUUUGAGCCUUUCAGGCCAAUAAAUGCAUCUCUUUACCUAUGUGACAACAAGUUUCAUACAGAAGCUUUGAAUGAACUUCUAGAAUCUGACGACAAAUUUGGUUUUAUUGUGAUGGAUGGAAAUGGGACUCUUUUUGGGACAUUAAGUGGCAACACUCGAGAAGUGCUUCACAAAUUUACUGUUGACCUCCCUAAGAAACAUGGAAGAGGGGGGCAGUCAGCUCUCCGGUUUGCUCGUCUUCGAAUGGAGAAGCGCCACAACUAUGUGAGAAAGACAGCGGAGCUUGCUACACAGUUUUUCAUUAAUCCUGCCACCAGCCAGCCUAACGUUUCUGGACUAAUACUUGCGGGAUCAGCUGACUUCAAGACUGAGCUGAGUCAGUCUGAUAUGUUUGAUCCCCGACUUCAGGCAAAAAUUCUGAAUGUUGUGGAUGUCUCAUAUGGAGGGGAAAAUGGUUUUAAUCAGGCGAUUGAGUUGUCAGCAGAGAUCCUAUCCAAUGUGAAGUUUAUUCAGGAGAAGAAAUUGAUAGGCAAGUAUUUUGAAGAGAUUAGCCAGGAUACUGGAAAGUAUGUUUUUGGUGUGGAUGACACAUUGAAAGCUCUGGAGAUGGGUGCGGUUGAGAUACUUAUUGUGUGGGAAAAUCUGGAUGUAAAUAGGUAUGUGCUAAAAAAUAGCAGUACGGGUGAAGUUAUCAUAAAGCACUUUAACAAGGAGCAAGAAGCCAUUGAGAAAAACUUCCGGGAUGCAGACACUAAUGCUGAUUUGGAAGUUGAGGAGAAGACGUCACUGCUUGAGUGGUUUGCCAAUGAGUACAAACGAUUUGGUUGCACGCUAGAGUUUGUCACCAACAAAUCGCAAGAGGGAUCUCAGUUUUGCAGAGGUUUUGGGGGAAUUGGAGGAAUCCUUCGUUACCAGCUUGAUAUGCGAGCAUUUGACGACCUUUCUGAUGAUGGAGAAACUUAUGAAGAUUCGGACUAG